CAUCUCGCCGGGUGGCUGUUGGCACUGCACGUGGUAUCGUUGAAAAUAUAAUCAAUUCGGUAAGAGCCGAGUGAAUAACCUCAAAUUCUGACGGGCGCGCGUGAAGACUGCAAAAAUGUGCAAUUUCCGAGUGAAAGUCGACCUGUCGGCCUUCUACGAUGACGUGCGGCGUUUCAGUUGGGUCUACGUCGACAAAGGCACGGUAACCUGCAUCUGCCACCUUCAAAAUCACAUUACGAAGGUUUUCGACAUACGACAACCGCUACACUUGCUCCUCCACACCGGCGAGUAUUUACCGGCGAACGAAGACGCCCGUAUCUUGAAGGAGAAUGAUACCAUCGUCGCUGUCCCUGGCACUGGAUUACAAAAUGAUCAAUGUUCCGGCAAAGCUGAAUCAGAUGUACAGGUCGAUACCAGCUGCAUCAUUUCGUCUUCAAAAAAAAAGAAACAUUCCACUGUGAUGGAAAAGAAUGAAAAUGAAGCGAUCGCACACGAAUCGCACUCUCACAACUCAAUGGAAACUACCAAUGGAAAUACAAUAUUUCUCAGCAUGAUGAAUGAUUCUCAAAUAGAGAAUGCAUCAGAAUCAAAGACGGAAGUGAGUACGCUGGAAGAAAAUCUGGUGCAGGGUUCGCCACCCUUUAAAAACAAGCGAAAACGCACGCGCCAAAGAAAGUCUAAGACCAAAGAACAGCCGGAACAACCUGUUGCAAAUGAACUAGUUGAGGCUGAAUACAAGAAGCCAAAGAUAAUAAAUUCGGUCAUGAUUCCUAAUGGAAAGCAUAUACGCUUUGGCGAUGUCGAGCGGCAAGAAUUCGACAGCUAUGACAGCUCCGCCUCCUGCGAUUCCAGGAAGCAUUCAACCAGAGAAACCACUCCUUCGAGUAAACCUGUCCCAAGCUCUAGCCUUUCCAAUCUUUUAGCCCUGCGCCAAAGCUCGACACCGAUAACGUUUGCUGGGCAGAAAAAAUUUGAAAAAAAACAGCCGCCGCAAGAUGAUGCCUAUGAAGUCAAGGAAUUAUCAACUGAAGUUUGCCAAACGCCUACAAAAUUCACGCGGGCAAAGGUAGAUCCUGAAAAACAUGAAUUAAUGGACAGCAAGGCACAACGCAAUGAUAUCAUUUGGUUCAAGAUGUUGAAGAUGGGCCAAGACUACACGCCGCAAGUUUCACAGUAUGUGACAGCACGAGUUACCCAAAUUUUGCCAGACAAUUCAACCUACGUCUUUGACAUCAUAGAUGGAAGAAGAGAGAUACAAGCUCCACAAGGAAAGUUCGAUAUUGAGACUGAUGAUACAGAGAACAACGAUUCGAACGCAAUUGUCCUAAAUUGGUCACAACUCAUUGAGCCUCGAUUGAUGUACCGUGGAAGUUCCGAGUAGAUGGUACACUUUUAUUACAGAUCAUCCAUGUUUUUUUUUUUAUAUACUUAUAUAAAUCACUCAACGCUUUAUAUUUUUUUUGCAUAUGCAAAGAACAAACUUCUCAAAACUGAGAACAAGUUGCCAUAUGCUGUCGAGCUUUGGCAAGGCUGUAAUUUAACGUUUCGUCUUACAUUUUAUUAUUAUUUUUUUCGUUGAUAUUUCAAGUAUCCCAAUUUUAAGAAACGAAAGACAAAGUUUAGAUAUAAGCUGUAUUUGUUUGAAAAUGAAAUGCGAAGCUGUGCUGACAACGUUCGGAAUAUAUUGGAAGAUGAUAUUUAGAAAUUCCAGAACGUCCUUGUAGAUGUAACUUGAUUGACUAUCAAGAAAUUUAUCAACACUUGUAAAAGAUAUUUUAACUCAUCCAUAAAUCUUCUCGA